CGCUUCCUGUAGAAACAAGCGAACUCAUUCUACGAUCUAAAACGGUGAUCUAAAAUCUUUAAGAUGUUUUUGACGAGAUCGGAGUACGACAGAGGAGUAAACACCUUUUCUCCAGAGGGACGACUGUUCCAAGUGGAAUAUGCUAUUGAGGCGAUUAAGCUGGGCUCCACAGCCAUUGGCAUCCAGACGUCUGAGGGGGUGUGUCUGGCCGUGGAGAAGAGGAUCACAUCUCCUCUGAUGGAGCCAAGCAGCAUCGAGAAGAUUGUGGAGAUCGACACCCACAUCGGUUGUGCUAUGAGUGGCUUGAUAGCUGAUGCCAAGACUCUUAUCGACAAAGCAAGAGUGGAGACACAGAACCACUGGUUCACCUACAACGAGACCAUGACAGUGGAGAGUGUGACCCAGGCCGUGUCUAACCUGGCCCUGCAGUUUGGAGAGGAGGAUGCAGACCCUGGAGCCAUGAGCCGACCCUUCGGUGUAGCACUUCUCUUUGGUGGACUGGAUGAGAAAGGGCCCCAGCUGUACCACAUGGACCCAUCAGGCACCUUUGUCCAGUGUGAUGCCCGGGCCAUCGGCUCUGCCUCUGAGGGAGCCCAGAGCUCUCUGCAGGAGGUCUACCACAAGUCCAUGACGUUAAAAGAGGCCAUCAAGUCGUCCCUCACCAUCCUAAAGCAGGUGAUGGAGGAGAAGCUGAAUGCCACCAACAUUGAGCUGGCUACAAUAGAGCCAGGCAAGACCUUCCACAUGUAUUCCAAAGAAGAGCUGGAGGAUGUUAUCAAGGACAUCUAGAGCACAGGGGUGCUCUGUGGGCCUAGUCAGCACUGAGGAGACGUAAUCCACCUGGGCUCUGAGGAUCGCCACACAUCUACAACUACAUUUCCCAUCAGCACUCUCGCUAGUUUCAUUGGUUCCUUUUGUGGAAGGGAGGCAACUCUUUGUAACGUGUUAUAUUUUUUUCUUAUUUUGGCUCUGGAAAU